AUGUUCAUGCAGUCGCAGUACACAGGCGAGAAUAUCUUGCUGAUCCAAGCUGCAGAUGUUCUCAGACAACUUCUAAACACAUUCCCUCUAGCCGCCAUGAAAGAUUUUGUUACUUUUUGGCUUGCAACCGGGGCAAAUCUAGCUCUAGCAGAGUCCUUCACCGAGAAAUGUACCGAAAACAUGACGCGUCUAUUUAGGUCGUUCUCGCAAGAGGAAAACUGGCAUUUGGCAUAUGCACAACGUCUAACACAAAACUCCCGAGAACCUUUACAGUUCAGCAGCACCUCCGAUAUGGACAGUUUCUCGGCCCAGUUUCUGGACCAGAAUUUCCGAUGGGAAAGUUUAGGCAUUUUCCUGUCUGCUGUUGGUCGAGCAACGAUUGACAUUUCGUUUUUCCCUUCGUUGUUCAAGACAGAAAAGGAUCAAUUUGUCCUUCGGAAGCUAUCUACAAGACUUGGUGACCUUGCGUUGGAUAUUGCUCUUUCGCUGGAUUCCUUGAACGACCUCCAGCUGCUUCUGCAGUACGAGAAUUUCAUUUUACAUACCCAUGUUGAUGGGGAUCAAAGUUAUCAUUCGUGGAGCAGACUCGGUGACGUUAUUUCGACUAUUUUUGCACUGGGAUACCAUGAAGACGUCGAAAAGACCAAACCGCCAAUUCCGAGAUUUCUCGCAGAAUUGCGAAAGGCGGCUUGGGCUACCAUCUACUCCGCAGACAAGAAUGUGGCUAUAUUCCUUGGUCGGCCACCUCGAAUGAGCAAGCGUUUCUGUCACUUCCAACUACCCCUAACUCCAACAGACUCGGAUCAAGUUUCAGACAUCUCUGAAUUUGGCGACGAGACCGUCAGAUGGAACCCAGACACACCGAUAUGUUACAAAUCAGGUAUUCGGUGGGCGACCCUAUGCGCCGCGCUGAAAGAAGAUAUUCUCGAACUGCCUCGGUACAAACAUCGAGAUAAUUUCAACCACAAAGCCAGCAUCAUCCGGCAAAAAGCUGAAAGUCAAUGGGCCAACCUGCCUUCGAAGUUUCGACUCUCGGCUAGUUUGAAAGAAUGCUCAGCGAAUGCAUUCGAACGCGACAUCUUAGCUAGCAUACGCCUGGAUCAAUUACAUGUUCUUUUCUUACUCCAGUUGUCGUUUCUUGAUACCCUGACAGAACCUGACCCUUUGAUCCUCGAUAUCUCGGAUCAAACGCUUGCUCUAGUCGUGGAAGCAAUUCUCUUGCGCGAUCAACUCAUCAACUCUGGAACCGGACUAGUUUGGAAGAUUGCCCAUUUUGGCCUCCCGGCUGCAGGUAUUAUCCUCCUGUCAGUGUUGAAACAACACCACACAUUGACGGAGGCCAGAUCUUCAUGGUCCAAAACGAUACUUAAUCUCGGGAUUUUUGUUGCACAAGUCCAGGUUGGAAGCAUUGUGCGGCGUGGAGAUCCCAAUUAUGCAUUGAUAUCCAAAGCCACACAAACCAUCGAAAGGUUCCUUGAUUCAGUCCACCGGGAAGGAAUCCAACCGCCAACACAAGCACCAUCGCAAAUAGGAGAGAAUAAUGGGGACUGGGCUGCAUUCUUCAGCCAGGAUUUGUGUGAUUUCGAGACUGACUUCUGGGAGAAUCUUGCGUAUCAUCCUUCUUUGCUAGCCUCGGAUGCUAGUUUGCCUCCGAUAUAA